AUGAGUUAUCAGCCGCCUCCACCACCAGGAAUGCCGAUGCAGCAACAGAAUGCCUGGGCACCGCCGCCACAAAUGGAGCGACCGAGCAAUUGUCCACCGGGAUUGGAAUACUUGCUCCAUGUUGAUCAGCUGUUGGUAAAACAACAAGUCGAACUCUUCGAAGCUUUCACUGGAUUCGAAACAUCUAACAAGUACAAGAUUCUAAACAGCAUGGGACAGCAAGUCUUCUUCGCUGGCGAAAAGAGUGACUGCUGCACUCGCCAAUGCUGUGGUCCACUUAGAAGCUUUGAAAUGGCGAUAACAGACAACAUGGGCCAAGAAGUGGCCCGAUUCGAACGACCCUUCAAUUGUACUUGCCGAUGCUGUCUUUGCUACCUUCCGUGCCAGCUCCAAGAGAUGGACAUCACGGCUAGUGGACAAUUAGUUGGAAAGAUCAAGCAACGUGCAGACUGCACCGAGCCGGUCUUUUCAAUUUGCGACGCGUCUGGAGAAGAAAUUCUCAAAGUAAAAGGACCCGUGUGCGUGAUCUCUUGCUGCGGAGACAUUGAUUUCGAGGUCCUGACAAAAGAUGGUCAGCAAAUUGGCAAAGUAACGAAGCAAUGGAGCGGUCUCGUCCGCGAAGCCUACACAGACGCUGAUAACUUCGGUGUUAGCUUCCCAUUAGAUCUCGAUGUCAGGGUCAAGCUCACUUUGAUGGCCAUGGUUUUCUUAAUCGAUUUCAUGUUCUUUGAAGAGAACCAGCAGAACAACGAUUAA